AUGGAGUUAGCAUCACAAGGUCAGUAUUCAUUUGAAAAACUUAAACUUAUUUGCUCACAAUAUGAAGAUGCAAAUGGUGUGAUGCAACAUGAAACUAAAAGUGCACAAAGUUAUAAACACUUUAUAGAUAAAGAUUUACCAACUAACGAAGCACAUGCAUGUGCAUUUGCAAUAUCGUUUUAUACAGGUUCAAAAAGUGAAACAAUUAAUGCUGGUGCAGCUAUUCUUGCACGUAAACGUAAUGGUGAAAAAGCGGUAAACACAAUUGCUUCUGAAAGUGUGGAAACUAAAGCGAUUAUAAUGUAUUAUUUAAUUAAAGGUUUAUCUUAUAUACCAUUUUAUUGGGGGAUUAUCUCAAGAGCUGCUAAAUUAACAGAAGAAGAACUAAAAGAUUAUAUUCCAGGAGCAGUAAUUACAUGGAUACAAUUUAGUAGUUCAAUGAAAGGUUCAUUUGCACCAUAA